AUGUUCAAACUGUUUAUCUUCGCAUGCUUCCUCACCCUGGCUGCCGCUAAGCCCGGCGUGCUGCCAGUGGCUUACACCGCACCAGUAGCGGCUUACACAGCACCUGUUGCUGCAGCAUACACAGCACCCGUGGCUGCAGCGUACACUGCUCCCCUCGCCUACUCAGCGUACUCUGCGUACACCGCGCCCGUGGCCUACUCGCCAUACACUUACGCAUCUCCAUACUCUUAUUAUCUCCGUCGU